AUGACAAAAAGACGGAUGUCAAACUACACGUUAAAGUCGGGGAUCGUUCAGUUCGAGGACAUGGACAGUAGCGGGGUCAGUUCCUGGAGUAGGAGAAGUCGGGACAUUGGAAGUGAUGGGAAUAGCACGAUGGAAACCUACCUGGACCUUAACCAGAGUGAUGUGUUGGGACAGAAUUACCAAACACAUCCCGGAAUAAACAACUGGAUUCUGUCAAAACCUCCAAAAGAACCACCUGUGGAUUACGAUCUAAAGGUACGACCUGCAGCGUCAAAUGAUACCAAGAAAUCUGCAAUGGAAUUACUUUCUGGGUUUGCAGAAAGGACAUCCAUGGUAGGAGUGGCGUAUAUUCAUACGUCCGUGCUUCAUAUGGCUAAGUUAAUAUGGACAGUGCUGCUUCUAGCUGCCGUUGGUGCUAUGCUAUUCCAUCUCGUGUUCCUCUGCCAACAAUACUAUUCGUGGCCAAAACAGACCAAGAUUACCAUACAGUUCAGCAACCUUCCACCGCCCGCCAUCACCAUUUGUAACGCGAAUCCAAUCAGAAAGUCUCAGCUAUCUCUCGCGUCUAAAAGUCUCAAGAAUCUUAUCAGUAGUACCCAUCCAAACAAAUACAAAAAGGAGUGUGUGGACAUAAUAUCAGGUGCUAGUGAUGACGUAACAGCUUCAUCAGUAGGUGGUGUAGGAGGAGGUAGUGGUAUGGGAACCGUUAAUGGCAGUUCUGGAAGUGGUGGUAAUGGAGGUACCGGCGGGUCUGUUACAAACGGAAGUAGUAUUGGAGGAAGAGGAAAGGGCAAAGGUACCGGAAGUGUUACUGGUGAUGGAUCAGGAGUUGUUACAACAGCCAGUAGUACUGGAGGUAGCGGAGGAAGUGCUGGAGAUGUGGCAGGAGUUAGUACUACCGGAAGUGAUGAUGGCUUAGGAGGUACUAGCACCGGAAAUAGUAUAGGAGGUCAAAGAGGUAAUGGUGGAAAAGGAAAAGGAGGAGAUGGAUCAGGUGGUGGGAAUACCGGAAAUAUCACUGAAACUAGUGGAGGACGUGGUGGUACUGGAGGAAGUACUGAUGACAGGGCAGAUGGCAGUACAACAGUAGUAAGUACUGUUGUUAGCGGAGGAAGUGGUGGUAGUGGAGGUGGUGAUGGUGGAACAGUAGGUGGUACUACUGUAAGUAGUACCGGAGGUAGAGGAGGAGGACGUGGCGGUGGAGGAAGUACAGGAGGUGAUGCCGGAAGUGGCACGACCGGAAGUAGCACAGGAGGUAAUGGAGGAAGCGGUGUUUCUGGAGGUAAUUUAGGUGGUGGAACAACCGGAAAUAGUAACGGUGGUAAAGGAGGUGGUGGAACCGGAAGUGAUGGUACCGGGACUGCUUCUAGAAAUGGCAGCAGAAGUGGUGGUAACGGCGGUGGUGGUGGUGGUACUGAUCCUGGUACUGGAGAUACCGGAGACAUGACAGGAAGUGCUAAACGAGAACCCUAUCGCUGA